GAUAACAAAACCCUAGAUGUACAUAUAUAAAUCACAAUUACUUUCCUCAUUUCCUCUUCCAUUGCCGUCGUCUUCGAAAACUAACUCUUUAGCUUUCCGCUUCCCAUCAACUUCUGCAAAAAAAUGAAGGUUGUUGCUGCUUUCUUACUGGCCGUUUUGAGCGGAAAAGCUUCCCCAAACAGUGCCGAUAUUAAGAAUAUCCUCGGAUCAGUUGGUGCUGAAGGUGAAGAUGCUCAGAUUGAGCUUUUGUUGAAGGAAGUCAGUGGGAAAGACUGUGCUGAGCUCAUUGCUGCUGGAAGGGAGAAGUUGGCUUCUGUUCCAAGUGGUGGUGGUGUUGCCAUGACUUCUGCUCCUUCUGCUGCUGGUGGCGGUGCUCCUCCUGCUGCUGAGGCCAAGAAGGAAGAGAAGAAAGAAGAGAAGGAAGAAUCCGAUGAUGACAUGGGUUUCAGCCUGUUCGAGUAAAGAAGCCGUUUUUUUUUCCGUUUUGAAAUCUAUAUGAUGUUUAGUUUGUACUCGGAUUUUUCUCUAAGACAUUGCUGGGAUUUUUACACAAUUAGUAAUCUGCGGUCUUUUUGAUCUUGUUUUA